AUGACGGAGGAGAUUGUCGCCCCUGCUGUGCCGCAGUUCGAGAACGGCGAGCCCAGUUUCGAAUACGAUCACAUCUUCCGUUGCUUCAAGGAGAGGGGCAACGGCCUGCUCUUCCGGAUGGUCAACACGACGCAGAAGAAGUGGGCCUUCUACAACGACACGGCGGACACCAUCAUGCAGGUCAGAGGCCGUUUCAGCCCGGAUUGCAAGGUCGAGAAGCUCAACCGCGCCCGCGCGACACAGGUGCCCAUCGGCACGGAGGAACACCCAGACCUGUUCGAGACGGUUGUGACACUGGAGGUGCACCCCUUCGCGACCGAGCCGUUCAUCAAGGGUGACGUGAACGGGUUCGAGCUGGAGUUUCACACAGAGCAGAUUCCGGUGAACGACGUGAAGUUCAUGAACCGCCACCGCAUCUUGCCGCGCUACGACAAGGUGUACAAGUGCUUUAAGAACGAGGGCAACGGUCUGUUCUUCCGCCUUGUGGAUGAGAAGGACAACAAGUGGUACUACUACAACGACACGCACGAGUUCCGUAUGACGGCCACGGUAAGCUUCCCCAGCGCGGACGAGGUGAAGCCGCUCGGCAACACGGAGACGGUGCCGGUGCAGGACGAUGGCAGCGAGGUGGCCUACCAGAUCACGGUGGAGCCAGGCAAUGCGGAGCCGUUCAUUGAGGGCGUGCCCGCCUCGUACCACCAGACGUUCAACGCGAACCCGAUCGACGAGAACUGCCUGGACCCGAAGGAUGUCCAGUACAUCAACGGCGAGCCAGACAGCAGCAUCAUCGACCCCAGCCAGUGCAAGGUGUACAAGUGCUUCAAGGAGAACGGCAACGGGCUGCUUUUCCGCCUUGUGGACGAGAAGGCCGGUCGGUGGGCCUUCUACAACGACACGCAUGAGUAUCUGAUGAAGCCCAAGGUCCGCUUCUUUGGCGGAGCGGCCGUGGUGCCCGGACCGGACGCGCAGGUUUCGCCCGACCCGGACGAGGAGGACACGGCUGUGGUCUGUGUGGAGAUCCCACCAUGCGAGACGCGCCUGUUUAUCGAGGGCCGCCCUGCAAAGUACGAGGUGUCCGUGGUCGCCGACAGCAUCAACAAGACCGUGGCAGAGGAGAGCCCGGAGUUCGUUAAUGGUGAGCCCGACCGCAAAGUCGUGAACUACGACGCCGUCUUUCAGUGCUUCAAGGACAAGCCAGAGGCCCGACUCUUCCGCCUCGUCGACUCCAACCGCCAGCAGUGGGGCUUCUACAAUGACACCACCGACGUCUUCUUCGUCGCACGAUUCACCUUCGACGCCGAGGGCAAGGUCCGCGCCAUGGGCGAGACGAAGAGGGAGCAGAACAGCGACAACGAGACCGAAUACCUUGUCUCCAUCCCACCGAUGGCAACGGCGGCGUUUGUUCAGGGCGACGUGAGAGGCUUCAAGUCGCAGUUCACUGGCAAGCGUAGGACGUCCGUGCCGACACCUGCGUAG